GCUGGGCGCGCGGAGGGUGGUGUUGCCGCAAAAGGGCCAUAGACGUCGCGUCGGUCGCUUUAUUUUCAUUUUGUUACGCGGUUAUGGCAGACGACAUUUCGGAGGAUAUUUGCGACGACUGGGAGGAUAUGGUCGAAAAUGGCGUGCUGGAGAAGAAGUUGGAAAGGUUAAAGGUGAAAACAAACUCCGCAAACAGUAACAACGCGAAUCCUCCUGCAAGCGGCGGCGGUGUCGGCGAAGUAGCGGUGAUGCCGCGUGUGCUGCUCGAAGACAGUGUUCGGACGCAGUACACGCCAGCCGUGAAGAUUCUCAAGCGACCCCCGGACGCGAGCCGGUCUGGUGGGAACGUCAACGGCACCGGUUCCGAGAAGUCGCCCAACCGGCAGCCCGUCAAGAGCUUACAGCAGCGGGAAGCUGAGUACGCCGAGGCGAGGCUGCGGAUACUGGGUUCAGCUCGCAGCGAAGACGACGGCCAGAAAGACAAGUCGUCUGGUGUGAGUGUCUUGAACCACGUGAUGACCGACCAACAGCAGGUCCCCAUUCGGCAACCGCGGGGUCCCGACCAAGGAUCCAACGGCUUCCAACAGCCACGGAGGUAGCCCCGGCUUUGGACGCUGCUGUUUUUGGAUUCUCCACCGUGUGUGACCCUUGCUCCCCACCCCUCCUAUCACCAGCUUGCCGACAUUGUGUGCGCUUCACAUUAGUUAACUGCUGCUGCUGCCGCCUGUGGACUUUGCGUUUCAAGAGCGCGGGAACCUGCAAAAAUGAAGCAAAAGAAAAAAAAAGUUGACGCGGUCCCACUUCUCUUCACAUGUUUUGGUAUCGGUAAUCUCUUCAUUCUUUUGUUGUUGUUUUUCUUGACAUGUAUGCCCUGCAGAUUUCGUGUUCCCGAGUGGCUUGAAGCAGUAUGAGGUGUCAGCAAAGUCCCACACUGUGACUUGGUGUUGAAAGCAGGUGCGAGUAACUUGGUGCUGUUGCUACGAUAAGCUGCUUCUGGGUGCGGCGGUCAGCCCUUCCCGACGCUUGAUGAAGAGGCUUAAUGGCGAAAAGUGGUGGACUCAAACAUUGCUGCCACUAGAGCUUUUCAUCAGAGAGAGGGAACGUCCAGUUUAUUGAUUGCUGCAUGGAAGUACAAAGGCAGUGCAUUCUUGGGGUGGUCGCACGUACUUGCAGCAGUCCAGUCUGUAAAGAGGAGGUCUAUAAAGAGUUUUGUAAAGAAGAGGCCUUUGAAGAGGUCUAUAUGUAGUAAAGAAAUGAAAGAGCACGUUUGGGCAUGUUGGUAAGCCUCAGUAACUUUUUAGUGCACUAGGGAAACGGAUGAAAGGAACGGCAUAGGCACAGCACAUGAUUGUGCGGUUCCUUUUGUCCUGGGUUCUCUCGUGCUCUAAGUGUAGCUGUGGCAAAGAAAUGAUCCGAGAAUGCUGCUCAUUUGAUGUGCAGGGUAGCCCUUGCUGGGGCUAUCCAGUGGCACCUAUAGAUGCUGAAAGUCUUCCAUGCAGCCAGCUGUGCUUUUACUUGGUGGCUGUCAUACGACGAUGGUUCUUGACUGCGUCGAGGUACGCUGCCAUCAUCCAAUGGUGGAGUGGGUCUAGUGUUGUAGUUGAAGGGCUUUGCACAUGCAGCAUCCGAAAGAAGGCAAGAAUAUGCACCAGCUUGGCGAAAGUUCUCACGCACAUAUUUUUCUAAUCAAUUUCCUGGCACUAGGUGUUAUUGAAUGAGCAAGUGUGCAGUUCUUGCGUUUGUUUUUCUUCACAUUUCAGCAGAGACGGACAAACUUGGCAUCCAUCUUGAUGUUGGUGGAUGUGUAAAAAAAAAAAAAACGGAGCUUUGGAGCAAAAAUUGAUCACGUCCUGGGAUUCUUUUGCUACCUCCCAUAUUCUUUUCUCUUCUUAUGUUUUUAAUUUUUGUACCGGUGUCAACUGUGUGUUUGUAAUGCCUCUCGGUGUUAUUCUUGAUUGAAGCAUAUCGUUUGGUUGGCAUUUUGUUUUUUCCCCCUCCCAGUUCAUUUAGUGGGUGUGAAAACGGUGUUGCACGAUACUGCAUCUGUCAGUGUUAUACAUACCAUACGUGCGGACUUUGAUUCGAGGAUUAAUCUUGGAGCAGCACAUGGAGCGCUAGAAACGGAAGACAAGUUGUGGCAGACGGAAAGAAAGCUGUGGUGUGCCACUAAACUUUCGUCUCUAACUUGUGCUCUUUGCACUCCGUAAAAAAAUUGUUUCCUCUACGGGAUAAUGAAAGAAUACUUCAGUGUUGCAUGCUUCCACUUUACAUAAUGCGCUUCAUCCAUUUUAUGCAACAUGCCGCAUCGGAUACUGUUCCUAAGACGCGACUAAUCGUGCAACGAGACGAAAUGUGGACUCUGAUCACUAGACCGUACAAGCUGAAAUUAUGCUGCUGUCGUACAAACUGCAGAAAGUGAAGAUGAACACAUGCAUGCGUGUUAGUGAUGCCUAAAUUUACCUUCUUUCAUUCUGUGGCCAUUGUGCAGGUUUUGCAUCGUUAAAAAGGAAUAGCUUGCAAGAUUGAUGACAAUUGUUGGGUAGUAUUAACAUCAUACAGUGCACACGGUUUUUGAUAUUGCAAUGGGGUCAAACUGCUGCCACACCAGAAAUGUUAAUGACAUUCAAUGCCAUUAUUUUGAGACGAAUGGACAAGCGUCAUUAACAUCGUGUACAAUAUGUGCAGUCCAUGGUACAAGUCAUUUUGGAGUUUUUGCUUUCUGAAAACGAGCAGCGUAUGCUGUCUAAAUGCGAAAUGUUCAGUUUCAGGCAAUGUCUUUUACCUCAGAAGCAUUUUUUUUUGUUCUUACAAACACUUGUCGUGUGCUGUGGACAAAAUGCUGUCAUUUUUUUUUUAUUCCAGAAGUUCGUCACAGUUCAAUAACUGACUGUGCUUUGUCACGCAUUCAGUUUUCCUGGCAUAGUGCUCGGCAAGAACAUUUGUUGCAAGAUUACGCAUCCUACAUUAUACAGAUUUCUAGGAAUGUAAGUCUUUGCUAUGGCAAAGGACAUACAAUCUAUGAAGUUUAAGCACGACCCACUCGAUGGCAAUGAUUUCAUGUGCGGUCAAGAUCAAAUCUGCAUUUAUGAAAUGCAACUUGCGCAAUAGAACAUUGUUCCUGGCUUGGCAGCUGGCAAGAGCCUGUGUCGUCUUGUGAUUUUGCUGGUUCCUUGUGGUGGUUUGCGGCAGCGUCUCUUGGUAAAGGCUUGCCACUGUCCCACUUUAUGCUUGUCAGCGCACAAGUUUGCAUCGCUUUGCCAGGCAGUUGUGAAGAAAGUCUUUUCACAAUAGUAAACGACUUACUUGAGUAUUUACAAGGCAGUGUGCACAUUCGCAGCUGUUAACACAGGCAGAGUGUAGGCAGUGGGAAGAUUGUGUGUUUAAUGAAAUCUAGAAAUUUUGCAAAUGAAAAUUAUGGACACUAACGAAGUUGAAGAUAAAUCACAUUUUGGAUCUUGUAUGGUUUUCGUGUUCAUCAAGCAGCGAACAUGGUGUUGGUUUCCAAAAUGUCAAGUAAUUCUUUUUGACUAGAUCAGUGUUUGUGAUUUUCAUUUGUGGCAUGCUUUCUACCUAGCAAAGGUGAAUUUUCGCAGUAUUUUUUCUGUUGGUUUACAUUUAGUAAAGCCCAGUGUACUGGUUAAAGUGGUUCUUGAAAUGUGACCCUCAGAAAACAGCUAAAACUGGCUAAACGGACGAUAUUUGUAGCCAUGCAUGGUCAACGUUUGCCUAACAUGGUCCUGACAUUGCUGCGAAUGGCGAUGGAUGCCAGGGAUUAAGUCUACAUCAUUGACAUCUCCGUAUUUUCUCUCGUUUCACAUUGCAGCAGAAAGAAAAAAAACGACGUGUCAUCUUUUUCUGUGCAUGUGUUGCUGAAAAAUCGAGCUUUUGUUUAAAUCUUGCAUGUAGUGGAAUUUGCGUGGGGAUUGGGGUACCUACAGAUCGUACAACAUACUACACAGAAGAUAUAUAUAUAUAUUAUACACAUAUUAUAUAUAAUAUACAUAUAUGUAUGUUUACAUGUAUAUGUACAUAUAUACAAAUAUGAAUAUUGUUUCGAGCUGCCUGCCCUUGCAUUGCGUAAAAUAUGUGUAUGUGUACAUAUCCAUAGGUAAGUGUACAUACUGUAACGAUUAUUCUGAGUGGUGGAGUGCGAGGGAUAGUGCACCGUAUGCAUCACGUGUUUGCAUUUCUUUGUGAGUGUACCUGCAGAGCGUAGUUCACCCAGUCUCCAUAAUAUUUUAGAAAUUUUUCUUUGUGGACAUUGUAUUUUAGAAUUACUCUCCCUCUUGGUUUUCUUUUUUUUUCCUUAGAUGAAUAAGAAAGAAAAGCUUUGUUGUGGUAGGAAAUUCUACUUACAAAAGUGCAUGUGCUAGUGUGAGACAGCUUUUUUUUUUUUGAAGGUUUGUUUUUAUAGCUACCACCUUGGUAAGAGUUGGUGUGUGAGCGUAUAGUAUACUGCAGCGACUUAGCUGCUGCCGGCUUAGAACCUCCGAGCCAUUGCACGAACCGCGUAGCCAAACGGUCACAAAAUUGGUGCGUACAGAUGGGGCCUUGCCGACUCUAAAAUUGUGUUUGAAGUGUUCAGAUUCCAGUGCCAUUCCUGCAUUGUGCGCUGCGAUAUUGUUUUUAAUACAUUAAAGUGAAAAAUUUUGUUCGGAGAACAACGUGCGGGGUCCCGUUAAUCUGCGAUUGCGUUACAUCGAUAUCUCGCACGGCUCUGCAGUGUGGUGGCACCGCGAUUGGAGAGGAAUGGCCGCUGUAAGCUUUGCGAGAACUGCUUCCCUACUACAUCUUGUGUUCUGUACAGUGAGAGAUCAAAGAGAGGUUUAUGUGCAAGGUGUUUGUUACGGAGGAUGUGCACUUGUGUGACAUUUGUAUAAAGGCUUUCUUUU